GUCCAGCUGGCUGCAUCCCACUCCGAGAGGGAGCACCCGAACCGAGCCCACAGUAUUCCCCCGGUCUACUUGUUGAGUCUCACCAGGAGGAGGGGCGGCUGACGGGACUUGUCUGUUUAGGAGAGUGAAAGGAAGUGAGCGCGAGAAAGAAACAACGUAUCCAUCAUGUCUCCACGCCGCUCAUGAUGCUGUCAUCACAACCGAGCCCAGGGCAGCACAUCCGGACGGGUUCGCCACCUUUCCGCGGGGGUCUGAUUGGAAUGAAGCCGCCGCACGUCCAUGGCAUGAUCCGGAAUGCACGAGAGACACCCACUGGAAUCGAGCGCAGACCUUAAUGAGGUCACCCAAAGGGGAAUGUCUUCUUAACCCCCAUCGUCCCAUCUUUGGUAGUGACUGAGCGACUCAAGCAAAGAUGAUCAAAGUGGCGUCGAGGUCGGCCGGAGCGCAGCCGCCGGACACUGUGGACAUCAUCCGAAGCAAGCACACCCGCCGGGUGAGGCUAAAUGUCGGAGGUCUCCUCCACGAGGUCCUGUGGAGGACGCUGGACCGGCUGCCCCGCACGAGGCUGGGCAAGCUACGGGACUGCAACACACACGACUCCAUCAUGGAGAUUUGCGACGACUACACCUUGGACAGCAAUGAGUACUUCUUUGACAGACACCCCGGCGCCUUCACAUCCAUCCUCAACUUCUACCGCACGGGAAAGUUGCACAUGAUGGAGGAGAUGUGCGCCUUGUCCUUCAGCCAAGAGCUGGACUUCUGGGGCAUCGACGAGAUCUACCUGGAGUCCUGCUGCCAGGCCAGGUACCACCAGAAAAAGGAGCAGAUGAAUGAAGAACUUAAACGGGAGGCGGAAAACAUGAGGGAGCGGGAAGGCGAGGAGUUUACCACCACGUGCUGCUCGGACAAGAGGAAAAAGCUAUGGGACCUCCUGGAGAAGCCCAGCUCAUCCUUUGCUGCUAAGAUUCUGGCGAUUAUCUCCAUCCUCUUCAUCGUACUGUCCACCAUCGCCUUGUCCCUAAACACGCUACCAGAGCUUCAAGACACCGAUGAGUAUGGUCAACCCACAGACAACCCUCAAUUGGCCCAUGUAGAGGCCAUCUGCAUCGCCUGGUUUACCAUGGAGUACCUCCUCCGCUUUCUUUCCUCUCCCAAUAAAUGGAAGUUCUUCAAGGGUCCGCUCAACAUCAUUGAUCUACUGGCCAUCCUGCCCUACUACGUCACCAUCUUUCUGACGGAAUCCAACAAGAGCGUUCUGCAGUUCCAGAAUGUCCGUCGGGUAGUGCAGAUUUUCCGGAUUAUGCGCAUUUUGCGUAUUUUGAAACUGGCUCGGCACUCCACGGGUCUUCAGUCACUAGGCUUCACACUCCGAAGGAGCUACAACGAACUGGGUCUGUUGAUCCUUUUUCUGGCCAUGGGUAUCAUGAUUUUCUCCAGUCUGGUGUUCUUCGCUGAGAAGGACGAAGAAGACACCAAGUUCAAAAGCAUCCCGGCCUCGUUCUGGUGGGCGACGAUUACAAUGACAACAGUGGGAUAUGGAGAUAUCUAUCCCAAAACACUCUUAGGAAAGAUAGUAGGUGGGUUGUGCUGCAUUGCGGGCGUGUUGGUGAUUGCCCUGCCAAUCCCCAUCAUUGUGAACAAUUUCUCUGAGUUCUACAAAGAACAAAAGAGGCAGGAGAAAGCAAUCAAAAGGAGGGAGGCCCUGGAGAGAGCAAAGAGAAAUGGCAGCAUUAUCUCAAUGAACAUGAAGGACGCCUUUGGCCACGACAUAGCGCUCAUGGACAUCAUGGUAGAAAAAACGGAUGAAAAGACAGCAAAAAAGGUUCAAGUGAAUCAUGUCUCUCUCAGCCCACAGAAAGGGAAGCCUCAAGUCACGUUGGAAAUGAGUCCCAACAGUCCCAAGCACAACCCGGAAUCGUGUCAGGCGAAGCCUUCGGGAAGCCCUCAACAUCUCAGUGCUCACACUUUGGAGGAGAUGUACGAUAAUAUUGCUAAGACUCAGUCCCAGCCUGACCUCAACACCAAGGAAAAGGGGCAUCUGUCUAAAUCCGGGAGGCACAAAGCGGAAUUUGAGAUGGGAGUCGUCACGGACGUGAGGAGCAUGUCCAGCAUCGACAGCUUCAUCACCUGUGCCACCGACUUCCCAGAGAGCUCCCGUUUUACCGUUCACGGCAGGGUCAGCACAAACCCCAGCCUGGAACCCACUUUGGAGAAUGAGAAUGAAGGCAGCGCUACACCCGUGACUCGAAGCAGCCCCAAGGAACUGCAUUGUAUCAAUCCAAUCAAGGGCGCCUCGGUCAGGGUUACUUUCAGAGGAGGGCGGGAUUCAGGGGUGCGGGUGAUCUCAGAUGGCUCCUCACUCCAGAGCCCAGAGGUGUCAGUCUACACUACCGCGAGCAGCAGGACACCCAGCAAGAGUCCGGAGAACUUACCUCCACACAUCUUCACAUUCCACGACGCUUCCAUCCACAAGUUCAUCGACGCCGACACGGAUGAGGAGGAGCACCUGCACGACGGAUCGGUCAUCAGCCCGGUACAGACACUCCUGGACAGAGCGAGUCCCGGAUUUGGGCAUCAGGGAGCCAACCACAUGGAGGGUUUCCAGAGGAAGCUGGGGAGUAACAGCACACGUAAACGAGACAGGCAAGACAACCACAUGGCUGAAGUACGGCCACUUCAGGGAGAAAAGAGUCAUUCAAAAACGUAAAUUUGAUAUGGGUGAAUGCUCACAGGAAAGAGACAAUGGAGAAAAAGCACAGUGAACUCUGAUAAAUGCGUUUGAAGGGGAGUAGGCGAAAGAUACAGCACAACAUACCCCUUAAAAUGACUUGUGGAUGAUGGGAUAGUUUUUGAAUGUUCUGCUUACAUCUUAAUGUAUUCACCUAGUUGAGACCUAUCAUGUUUGUAUGAGAAUUCAGUAGGAUGCUGUAGGAAAAGUAAUGCACUGUGAUUAGCAAAAGACCAUUUAUAGAUCAUUUUAAAACUUAUUUUAUUGAAUUAGAAUAUUGCCUUCACUUGCAAGUGACUCAACCAACAAUUUUUUCAAUUGACCUCAAAAGGAGCAACAAAAUAACAGCUAUUGAACACUUCUUUUGAGAAAGAAAAGACCAAUGGGUGCUUCAAGCUGUUUAUUGUCAGUUUCAGUGGAAGUUUAGUGUCACACUGAACAUAAAACAAGAGAAUUACAAGCUGUGUGUUGAAAUAAGCACACAACUUUACUUUGGGUAAUGUCCGCUCGCUUAAAGCGAAUUUCAGAAUUUUUUACAUUUGGCUUAAUCUUUGAGUUAGUGGGGGUUUAAUUAGUUAGUGGAGCUGAUUUCAACAAAUUCUGUACAGUUUGUAAGUUAUUUGUUAGUUUCAGGGCUCCAGAGUGGCUAAGCUAGCACGAGUCAAUGGGGCCAACUUAGCAUGCCAAUAAGAAACAAUACAGAUCUACGAACAGAUCCAACAUUGUCAAAUAAAUUCAAAAUGGAGAUCAUUGUUCCAAAACACCCAUGCGGCCAAAACAAUGUCACAAGAAAUACUGCCGUAAUUCAGUUUAUUCUGCAGGACUGUUUUUUUAGAUGCAUAAUACGACCACAAUUGAGAGGUGUGCUUCAGCCACUUGUGCUCAUGCUGCAUUCGAGGAAGGUGGGAAGUCGGACAUAUCCCGCUCGGAGGGUACAGGUUGCAACCUCAAAGCGUUCCAAGCUAAUCUAAACAGCAAAGAUGACUGAUCACGACAAGUUGUUUUUUAUUUUGGCAAUCAAAAGACAUUUUGACCGCCAGCAUAACGAUCAAAUAGUGGAGGCGUUCCAAUGAUAUUAUUCCAGAUCGGAGGUUGGAAACUUCCCACCUUUCUCGAAUGCAGCAUCAGUCUGUUGAGUUAACUGACGGCCGGCAACAUGGUGAAAUGUGCAUUUAGAGGCUGUGAAAACAAGGCAAAGGAACGUUUUCACAAAUUCCCUAAUAAGAACGUGGAACAAUAUAAAGUGGUUACUUGCUGGCUAUGACAUAAAAAAUCAGUGGUGGAAAAAAACUGUGAUAUCACUCCGCCCUGCUCCUCUGCAGAGCUUCUGGAUUGCAAAUGUUCGACAUUGACAUGCAAUGGUAAGUUUUGAUAAAAUGUAUCCUGAAAAAAUAGCCAACACUAUUAAUUGCAGGGGGUGAUUUUCAUGUGUGCAUAUGUUGUUUAUUGGCAUACUAAGUCGGCCCAAUUGACCUGUGCUAACUUAGCCACUCCGGAUACCUGAAACUAACAAAUAACUAACAAACUACACACAAUUUGUUGAAAUCAAUUCCACCGACUAACUAAACGCUCGCUAACUCGAAGAUUAAGCCUGAUGUCAAAAAUUUUGAACUUCCCAUUUAAAGGGAAAGACAACACCUAGUAAAAAUUAUCUUAUUGUGACAGGUACUCAAAGUAUUUAAGUACAGUAUGUGAAUUGAGAAUGUAUUAGACCUCUAAUAUUGGCGAGAAUAAUGUUUAAAUCACAUUUAAACCUAAAAAAUGACACCGCUUACGAGCACUUCUGUGAUGUCAAUUCUACCGACGUGCAUACACACUGAUAGAUUCGAUGACAUUUGCAUAUUAUAAUGGGUAUUAAUGCCAUCACGAGAAAGGGCGGGCAAUUUGGAAUACUAUCAUUUGAUUGGCUAAAAUAGUACCAGCGUUGAUAAACUUAAGGAACUGGUGGCGUUUUUCUCCAUCAUUACACUCUAGAAAAAUAAAUUUCUGUGUAAUUUUCAAUUGUUAAAUAAUACAAAGGUGUUUUUCCUGUUAAUGCUGACACCUAGAAUAAACUCGAUACAUACAGUAUAUUAGUGAAUAAAAUCCAUUGUGGCAGUGUUUAAACCUUGAAGCAAAGGAAAUUUAAACAAACAAAAGAAAAAGGCAAUAUUGCCUUACGUCCUGUAUAGGAGUGGAAACUUCUUAGUACCUCACGAUACGAGACGAUUUGCGAUACAAAGCUCACGAUAACUAUGAUCUGACUAUAUAGCGAAUAGAGGCGUGCGAAAUUUCCGAUUCUUAGAUUAUUCGCGAUUCGGCCAUGGAAGAUUCGAGAACGAUUCACAAAUAUCCAAAUUCCGAUUAUUGAAUUAUACCAGGUAAAGCGGAAGUAAAACACAGUCAGUGCGGUCUUUGGGACGCAAUGAGGAACGGACCGAGAGUAAAUAUCAUGUUCAACUCAUGCCGUUGAAAAAAAAACAAUCAUACCUGACUGCGGCUGACAGCCGCUCCAAACAACACCCAGUUGCUAGUUGCUACAAACAUACGGCUACAGUAGAUAUCAUAUAUAUGUAGAACUAGAUGCAAAAUUACUGAUGACGUCAGUGUUAGAACAUGUAUUAUUGAACAGAGAUGCGAAAUGACAGACUUUCCGGCGUAAGUAAACAGCCGCCAUCUUAAAGCAGUAGACCUGUCUAGAAGGCUCUGUUGUAGCGAACCUAAUCAACUUUUUAUCUAAAAUACUCCUAAAUCGGCUGAAUCUUGUCUUGAAUCUAUAUUUAAAUGAUGAAAUAGUUUUAAAACUUUGACAAAAGUAGACAGAAGGGAAAUUAUGGAAUAACGGGAGCAAUUUUAACAACUGUAACAGUUGAUUCACAACAUUAAAUUAAAUGAAUGUAGUUUAAAGCUGUUGAUACAGAAUAGGGACUGGAGUUUUUUAUUUACUGUUAUUUUUGUAUAUUUGUUUACUGUUAUAUGUUAACUUGAUACUGAAAUAGUAGUUUGGUUUAGCCUGAGAGGAUUUUUGAACAAUUUUGGAACUAAUGUACAAAACAUUUAAAAAAAAUAAUA